AUGAAGAAAAAGGCAUCAAAAGGCAGAAAAAAGAUCGAGAUCAAGAAGAUUCAACAUGUAAGCAACCUUCAAGUCACAUUCUCCAAACGUCGUACCGGGCUCUUCAAAAAAGCAAGUGAACUUUGCGUUUUGACUGGAGCCCAGAUAGCCAUUCUUGCUCGUUCUCCUGGUGAUCGUAUUUAUGCUUUUGGGCAUCCAUCUGCUGACGUUCUUAUCGAACGUUAUCUCAAUACCAUUGACCCUACUAAAAACGACAACAAUGCAUCAUCAUCCGAUGGGUCAUCCACAUCAAGUGCUCAGAUACCACAACCACCGGUGAAAGAGUUUAACCGGCAUUAUAUGGAGGUUUCAAAAGAGUUGGAGGUUGAGAAGAAGCGGAAAGAUAUGAUAAUAGAGUCAAGGAUGGUCAACAAUAGUGGACUUCCGUGGUACGAAGAAGAGAAUCUAGAUGGGUUUGAUGUUGAUGAACUAGAGCAGUAUCUUUCGACUUUGGUGGAAAUGAAAAGGAAGGUUUUAGUAAGAGCUGAUGAAUUGAUGAUGAUCCAGAAAACCCCUGCUUUUUUGAGUCCGAAUAUGUUGGAUCAUAUUCGUAGUGGUCCAAACAUGUUGGAUCGUAUCGGGGGUGCUCUAAACAUGUUGGACAUUGGCGGUAAUGGUCCAAACAUGAUGCAAAAUGGUGGAGGUGGUCAUGGUGGAUAUACUAAUAAUGACAUGAUUAGGAAUACAAUGAUUCCUAAUAAUGGCGGUAUGCCUCCUCAAAGUUUUGAUUUUGGAAAUUUUCUUAAAUAGAGGUUUAUCAAUAAUCAAGGCACGUAACUUGCUUCAGAUUUUACUCAUAAGGUUAAUCGAUGAAA